GGACCCUCGGUUCGCCCUUCGGCGCCUGCGCGCGGGGCGGGUGAGAAGAGGCCGGAACCCUGCGCCGGAGCUCGCGUUUCCGGCCGGAGGCAGCGGAGCGCGGCCCCGAGCGCGCCCGGACCGCGGCGGCCGGACUCCGGUCACUAUGGCAACGCGGCGGGCCCGGAGGCCGCUCCCGGCGGGCGUGCGCGCCCUUACGGAUUCGGAGUUUCGGUUUGUGAACCGUGUUGUUCUGAAAGCCAGUGGCUCCCGGGAUGGGCCGGCCGGCUCAGCGCAGGGAGCACGGCUCCUGAUCCUGGGGUCACGGUUUGAGCACCACGCUGGGUGUGGAGAGCGCUUAAAUUCGUCAACGGCUUUUACCUGUAAGCUGAUUCAACUUCCCUUCCACUUUAUUUCUCAUUUACUCAGUUUUUAUUUGUUUUCUGUUACUGUUGGCAAAGGGAUUUGGCAGGUGUACGUGCCAACAACAGAGCACUUCACACCCCCGCACUCUAGUGGUGCCCCCGACCCCAGCAAGUGCCGCUGCUGGAAUUCAGAUCCAUUUUGGCCCCUGGCUCUUAUUUCCGAUUUUGCAGAUGGUCAUGGGACUACUUGGUAGUCCAUGAAGCACGGGAAGAAAGGCUUGUGGUCACAGGCCCAUGAUUUUCAGGCCCUGGAUGUGCCGGAAGAGGCCACGUAUGGAGUUUAGCUCAGACGGCCCACGCUGCGUCCCAACUUGAGUGCAGAACCAGAGAUGAGCCACCUCUGCACUUUCCUUCAAGUCCCACAAAAACGUCUUGUAGAUUAAACUCACUACCUGUGUUUAUAGAGCGACGAGGGAACACUCCUUAAUGAGGAGCGAAACGACACUUCACGCCCCUCAGGACGUCGUACGGCCGGGUCAGAGUGUGGCCGCUUACGGGAGCGUUCUCGAGUGCGCAUGAAGAACGCCGAAGCAGGAGCCCUGAGUGUCCCUUGCUCCGUUUCUGAGUUCCUGUCUGUAUUUGCUGUGUGCUGACAAGGGGGCUGCUGUGGGGUCCGCUCAGGAGUGGCUGCGCUGCACUUCUGUGACCCCGUUUCAGAGUGUCCCCGCCGGGCUCCCGAGUCCCGCCCACUGGUCUCCCCGGUCCCAGCCACAAACGGAGAAGAAAGUGUCAGUCCGCGGUGGACUGGAGACCGAGAGGCAAGGAAGCGGCUCGUGAGUGCUGAAUCUCCUGGAGACCGGGGCGGGUGCCCCGCGGGGCCGCGGCUCUCGGAGGCUGGCGGGCUCCAGCGAGCGCUCGCUCCUUCGCGGCCGCGUCCCCUCAUCCCUUCGGGAGCCUGUUCGGAAGGACCCAGCUCUUGUCGGUGAGCCGCGGUUUCCUGUCUUUCCUUCCUGCACUGCUGGGGGAGGACAGGCUAAACAGAGCCCUCAAGGUCUCGCCCUGGGGGCCCCCCUGUGGCUCCCAGAACGCGUGACCAGACAGCUGCCGGCCGGCCCAGAGCGUGCCCCCACUUGGUGACCGUGACGCCAAGGACGGGGGCCUGGGGCGGGUGUUGCAGAAGGACAGCCAGAGCCCCUAACUGCGGGCCCGCCGCCCACCUUGCCCCGGCCACAGCCGCGCAGAUGCUGCCGCCCACGGAGCAGGCCCUGAGCCAGCUGCUGGCCCGCGAGGAGGAGGAGCGGCGAGCGCUGCAGGCCCAGCGCGGCCGGCUGCAGGAGGCGGCCCUGCAGGAGGCGCACAGCCGGCUGCACCAGGCGCAGGGGGAGCUGCGGAGCCUGCGGGAGGACUUCGUCCACAACCUGCAGGUGCUGGAGGAGCGGGACCACGAGCUGGAGCGCUACGACGCGGCCUUCGCCCGGGCCCGGGGGCUGGAGGAGGCGCAGCGGGCGGAGGUGAGCGAGCUCAGAGUGGAGGCGGCCCGGCUGCGGCAGGCGCUGGCCCUCGAGGCCCGGCGGCGGGAGGACCUGCUGCGGCAGCACCGGCUGACGCUGCAGGAGCACCGGCGGGAGCUGGAGCGUGUGCACAGGUGCACUUCAAAGCACCGGUGUGAGGUGUCGCCGGCGACGGUGGUCCUGUGGACGACGUUGUUUCCUGAGGACGGCCCGGUGCAGGGAGAAGCUGCUGAGGGCAACAAGAAGAGCGAGAUGGACCAGCAGCGGGAACAGUACGGAAGCCUGAACCGGCAGCUGGAGAGAAAGCUCGCGGAGCUCCAUGGCGAGCUAGCUCAGCAGAGGCAGGAGCUGCUGCUGGAAUUCAAGUCGGAAAUGCAGAAGCGGGAGCACGGGUUCCGCCAGCAGGCAGACAGCUUGAGCACCGUGGUCUCGACUCAUGAGCUCAAGGUGAAAGUGUUGAACGAGGAGCUGGCGGCUGUGAAGGAGGCAGCCACCCAGGCCGCGGAGUCGCUGCGGAGCGCGGAGGCUGCCGGCGCGGGGCUGGAGGACGAGCUGCGGCGCAGGGACCGCGAGCUCAGGGACGUGGCCGCCGCCAAGGACGCCCGGAUAAAGGACUUAGAGGACAGACUGAACUGUGUGCAGCUCUCCAGGAAGAAAGAAGAGGAGGUGGCCAGGAGGAAGCACGAGGAGCUGGACCGUCUGGCCAGGGAGAGGGACGCGGCGCUGGCGGCUGCGAAGGGCGCCCACGCGGAGCAGCUGCAGGCGCUGGAGGCCCGGGCCCGGGAGCUGCAGGCCCACUGUGAGGCCCUCGAGCUGCAGCUGCGCCGGGCCGAGUGGAGGCAGGGGGACACGCUGAGGGAGAAGGACGCCGCCCUGGACAGACUUCGGGAAGACGCGUUGGCUCUAAGAUCCGGCUGGGACGCCCAGAUCGCUGAGCUGUCCAAGGAGAUGAUCUCCAAGGACCUCCAGAUUCAGUCGCUGCAGGCAGAGGCAGUGGAACUCAAGGCACAUCUGGCCAGAUGUCAGCAAGACAUUGGAAGGUACAAGCAGCAGCUGUCCGCCGCCGAGGAGAGGCAGCGGGGCCUGGAGCGCGAGAAGGCGCAGCUAGAGCUGGACUGGCGGCAGCGCUGUGACGUCGUGGAGAGGGACCACUACCGCAAGGCCGAGGACCUGAUCCGGGCCUUGAGCGAGGCGCGGGAUCAGGCCUCUGCGAAGCUCCAGGAGACGGAGCGGACACUGCGUGACCAGGAGGGGGUGCUCAAGGCCUUGACGCUGGAGAGAGACCAGGCCGUGCAGGCAUUGAGGACACGAGGCCUCCUUCCCGAGAAGGAGGUGCGGGUGCUCCUCGGGCAGCAGGAAGAAGAGAUAAGGGCCAGUUUUCCGUCCAGUGAGAUGCAGAGGCUCCAGGAGCAGAACACAAGCUUACGAAGGGCUGUUGCGGAGAUGCGGAAAGAAAUGGAGGCUCUGAGUGACCACGUUCCUCCUCCUGCCCCGUCGGGGGCUCGGGCCGCCGACACAGAGCAGCCCCGUCCAAGCCCAGAGGCGGCAGCUGAGGCGCCUGAUCACAUCACGGUCCUUGAAACAGAAAUACGGAAUCUAAAGCAUAAAUUCAAAGCCUUGGAAGAACAACUAGAAGUGUUCGAUCCUUCAAAGACCUCCUCCUCUUACGCGGACUUCCAACCCAGCGUCCAUGCCUCGGCCCACGUCCCUGAGACGCUGCUUUCUUGGCACAAGGACGAGAUUUCAUCCCCCACAGCCCUCAGUGCUGGCGGGGACUGGCCCUUCCACUCAGCUCCAGAGCUGACCUCCCGGUGGACACGAGGAGCUGUGCCGGCCGAAGGUGCCCCCGUUGGGCUAGCGCUCAGGAGGCUCCGAAACAGGGCACACGUCGUGAACCUCCUGGUGGCCCGGCUCAGGCAGAAGGUGCUGCAGCGACCCCUGGACGUGGACACUGUCCAGCACGCGCUUCCCCGUGAGGUGGACCAGGUGCGCCAGCAGGUCUCGGAGCUGCGGAAGCAGGUGUUUGAGCUUGAGGAGCACCUCGGGAACAGGCCGCUGUUGCCCGCCUUGGACAAGGUGGCCCUCGGGAGGGAGAGACCCACAGCGACUGAGGACCAGGGGCCACAGCGCCCCCAGGCCUUGUCUGUGCCCCGACUCCAGAGGAAACUAAAGGAGGCCACCCGAAAAAUCCUCCGCCUCUGCCUGGAGAAGGAACAGCUCCUGGAGAUGGGGAACAGGCUCCGUGCGGAGCUCGGCCAUCGGGCCCCGGGGGGAGCGGCUCCUCACCGCCCGCCCGGCCCCGGGGUCCAGAACCGGAGUGUCACCCGCGAGGCCCCUUCGGGACAACUGCAGCCCCGUUUUGCAGCUCAGGACUCUGAGAACACCAGGAAGACCCGUGUCUCCGAGUACUCCGGGAAGGUGCAGCCCCGCCUGGCGCAGACAGCCGGGAGAAGCCAGCCUCCGCAGGGCCAGGCGGCGGGAGCAGUGACAAGGUCAGGGCAGCGACAACACAGAAUGUCUGCGGCGACUUGCAGAUGCCCUCGGCACAAAGAAAACCAGUCCCCAAAGCUGCGCCCAGCUCACGAAGGCCCCACGGAGAGUAGGUGCCUGGCUGGGAGCUCCUCCUCGGUGGCCAGCGGUCCCCUCCAGGACACAUGGAAGUUACUGGACCUGGGAUCCAGCCCCUCUGGCCUCACGUCCCAGGACGACUCGGCACCAGAGCGCACUGCGCGGCCAGCAGCCGACAGCCUCAGACACCCGGACGGGAGCUCCGCGGCCACGCGGGCAGCCUUUGCCGUCGAAGGGAUGAAGAUGGAAGCUCGGGCAAAGGCCCUCCCCGCCAGACCCGCCAGAGCUCCCCCUUCGAAAACUAAAGGCUGCCAGCAGCCCCCCAAGAUCCGUAACUACAAUUUGAAGGACUGACUAUCCGGGCCUGCCUCGUCACACCCGCCCCCACCCCCGUCCCGUGUUGGCACGUGGGGCCUGUGCUUUCAUCCCGCAUGGCGGGUGUUAGUGUGAGUGCCCACAUGUGCACGAGGAGAAUGUGAUUGUGCCCACGGCCCCGGAGCAGAGGCCCCACUGACCGACCUAGAGCCAUUAAAGCCUGCGCUUCCCGUGCUCGGGCUCGGCCCUGCAGUCCUUACCUGGGAG